AUGAGGAAUAUAUACGCUUUUGCCCUGCUGCUCAUUGCAGUCUUUGCAAGCACCUCCAGCGGUGCUAGCGUUUCCGAUCUUCUGUGUCGCAACAAGGCCAACGGUAUUCGGGCCCUGGUGCCCGGCAGUUGCUCCAGGUUCUAUGAGUGCCACAAUGGCGUUGCCAAGGAAUAUUCGUGUCCCAACUUCUACGACUUCAAGAUCCGCAGCUGCGUGACCUAUAACCCUGGUUGCGUCGAGGGGGUUGUAACCGAGCCAGUGGCACAGCAGUCUGUACGGGAUACCGCUCAACCGUGCAGUGGGGCCACCACCACUGCACCACCUUGCGUCAAGCCCACAACCAAGCCUCCAUGCGACGGAGCUCCUACUACCACAACCACAACCUGUGCUCCUGGAAUAAUCACAACAACAACCACAACCACUGAAUAUCCAACCACCACGACAACAACAUGUACCCCAACGACCACCACUACUACUACCACGACAACAACCACAACCACAACAACAACAACCACAACAUGUGCCCCCAUAACUACGACUACUACAACCACUGAGGCUCCAACCACUACCACAACCACAACAACAUGUGCCCCAACAACCACUUCUACUACUACCACGACAACAACCACAACCACAACUACAACUACAACCACAACUACAACUACAACUACAACUACAACAACAACGACAACCACAACAUGUGCCCCAACUACUACGACUACUACAACCACAGAGGCUCCAACCACUACCACAACAACAUGUGCUCCAACAACCACUACUACUACUACCACGACAACAACCACAACCACAACUACAACUACAACCACAACCACAACCACAACCACAACCACAACCACAACCACAACCACAACAACAACAACCACAACGACAACCACAACAUGUGCCCCAACUACAUCGACUACUACAACUACAGAGGCUCCAACCACUACCACAACCACAACAACAUGUGCCCCAACAACCACCACUACUACUACCACGACAACAACCACAACGACAACCACAACAACAACCACAACGACAACAACCACAACGACAACAACCACAACGACAACAACAACAACAACGACAACCUCUACAUGUGCCCCAAUAACUACGACUACUACAACCACUGAGGCUCCAACCACUACCACAACAGCAUGUGCCCCAACAACCACCACUACUACUACCACGACAACAACGACAACCACUACAACAACUACCACUACUACUACCACGACAACAACGACAACCACAACAACAACGACUACCACAACAUGUGCCCCAACAACUACGACUACUACUACCACGACAACAACGACAACCACAACAACUACUACAACAACAACAACCACAACAACAACGACUACUACAACAUGUGCCCCAACAACUACGACUACUACAACCACUGAGGCUCCCACCACUACCACAACUACAACAACAUGUGCCCCUACAACCACCACUACUACUACCACGACAACAACCACAACGACUACCACAACAACUACUACAACCACAACAUGUUCCCCAACAACCACCACUACUACUACCACGACAACAACCACAACGACAACCACAACAACAACAACAACGACUACCACAACAACUACUACAACCACAACAUGUUCCCCAACAACCACCACUACUACUACCACGACAACAACCACAACGACAACCACAACAACAACAACAACGACUACCACAACAACUACUACAACCACAACAUGCGCCCCAACCACUACCAAAUCUACAACGACAUGUGCCCCAACAACCACAACCACCAAAUGCGCUGACAAAACAACUACAACCACCGAAUGCGCUGACAAAACUACUACAACCACAACAUGCGCCUCAACCACUACCAAAUCUACAACGACAUGUGCCCCAACAACCACAACCACCAAAUGCGCUGACAAAACAACUACAACCACCGAAUGCGCUGACAAAACUACUACAACCACCGAGUGCGCUGACAAAACAACAACCACCCAAUGCGCUGACGCCACAACAACUGUCUGCCCCACAGCCGCGAAGGCGUUGGCUGCCACCCACUCGCAACGUAAUCCCGUCCGCCGCAAUCCUGUCCACCGCCUUCUUUGGGAAGUGGCCCAAUGGGCGGGUAUUUCGUCCGCCAGUUCUGAGGUUGCGAUCAAGGUUUCCUGCUCCGGCAAACCCGAUGGAUUCCUGAUGGCAUCUCCCGAGCGGUGCAACGACUACUACAUCUGUCGCCACCAGCGCGCCCUGAAGGUCAGCUGUGGUGAUAGAUACUUCAACGGACUGAAGGGCAUCUGUGAUCUCCCCGAAAACACCAGCUGCGUCCAGUCCUAA